CUUGCGCCGUCAUGGUCAUAUCACACACGACGAUGGAGACGCUGACAGGAUUGUUCCAGGAAGAUGACGGAGGCGAUUCAUGGUGUUUCAACUAUUCCACCUGCACCUUCAAAUAUGCAGCUUGCCAAGAAAGUGUGCGGCCUUACCUGCGGUACACGUCUGCCAGUGCGGCCUGGGUCCUCCUCUGUUCCAUCAUCGUCUUUUUCAUGAAAGCUGGAUUUAUGCUCGUGGAGCUGGCCUUUGCCAGUUCCGUCCGUGACAGGCGACACGUAGUAAUACUGAAACACCAAGAUACGUUUGCAAGUGCCUUUGGUUUCUUUUUCAUUGGAUUUGACUUCAUAUCGGGCUACUCGUCGCCACAGAACAUACCGAGAUCUUUUUUCCGGCUCACUGACCCCAUGCUCUGGUUUUUCAAGUUCACAUUUGCCAGCAAUGCCGCUACUGUGUUGGGUGGAGUGCUGGUGACCAACAAGUACAAGUUGAGACUGCCAGCCGCUUUUUUGAGUGCCUUCUUUAUCAGUGGCGUUAUCCAUCCACUCAUUGCAAGGCUCAUAUGGUCUGACAAAUGCACCUCUCUCUCUCCCUAUCGGUUCUGUACCAACUUCAACAACUUCACGGCCCCCUACGCCUGCAACUAUGGAUGCAGCGAGACCCUUUCCCUCCACCAGAGGAUGUAUGUGCUAGACUUUGCUGGUGGUGGAGCGGUACACAUGCUAGGUGGUAUAGCUGGCUUGGUCAUCAGUCUGCUGGCAAAACUGCAGGAGUACAGAGACAGUGGUAGGGAGAGAAAGCCGAUUACUAAACCUCUCCAGCAGAGAGCAGGCAGUUCAGGUGCAGUGGCACUGGAAGAGGCUGAAGAUGAAGAAGAGGUGCCACGGAGGUCUUUCUUGGAGUGGAUGUAUCCAGUGAGUGGAGGAGAGGAGAGUGUGUCUGACGCAGCUCUGGGAGUCGUCAUACUGUGGUUCUGCUGGUUUGCAUUCAACUGUGGUUCGACUGAGAGUGUUCAAGUGGGGGUGGAGGAGACGUCCAUGCUGCCCAGAGACAGCACCUACUAUCCUUACUACGGGAUCCCGUCCACCAUUGCCGUCAACAUGAUAAUGGCUGCUGCAUCGGGAGGAAUUGUUGCAGUGGCUAUAGCAGUCUGGGCACAGACACGGUCACGCAGUGACUCUGUGAAUGCCAACGAAAUAGCAAACGGAGUCCUCUCCGCGCUAGUGGGGAUCACAGCCGGCUGUGCCUUUGUCGAUUACUGGGCAGCCUGCAUCAUUGGAGCUAUGUCGGUGGUCCUGUACCACCUCGGCUGUUUUGCAGAGUACAAACUGAAACUGAAGGACACGGCUCGUGUUGUUCCGGUCCACGCGGUGUGUGGUCUGUGGAGCUUGCUGGCCAUUGGAGUCUUCCAGGCUGGAGACCCUGCACGCUGCAACCUCCACGCUGCAUUCGAGGGACUCUGCUACUGUCAUCUUAGACUCCCUCAACUGAGCCAGGGAGAGAUAUUCUUGUCCCAGCUGUGUGGGGCUCUCAUCAUGAUAGGGAUAUCGUUGGUCUCCUGCUCAAUCCUCUACGGCCUGCUCUACAUCAUCCCCAUGCAACCCUUCGUAUGGCUGGCUGAGAAGGUGUUUUUUCUGACUCCCAAGAACACGCCUCCACUGUGGUACAGAGGAGGUUGGCUGUUCACGUCGCCAGAAGAUCGCUGUGUACCAAAAGGAGGAAGGAUGUUUAUUCUCCCAGACACUGACUCUACAGAUGGAGUCUCCAUUCAGGGGAGUCACUGGGAGGUGAGAGGUAGGGGUGGAAGCAGUGGAGGUCAGUACGGGUCUCUGGAGGCAGUCAGAGGUGGUGUGGUCAAUGGUGGCUCAGGGAGUGGCAGUGGAUGGUGGUAA